AAUUAAUGAUAUUUUAAUCAACAUGGGUGCUCUGCAUUUCCUUUGAUUCAUCUUUAGACUUUUCUUCUUCUUCUAAACAAGUUAAUUGUUAUAUUUCAUAUUUUCAUUCAUUCUUCUUCUUUAUACAUAUAAAAUUCUCUCUCAAGAAAAAAAAAACAGAGGAGAGAAAAAAUGGGAGAAGAUUCCUCCCAUGGCAAAAAACUAGGUUGUGGUCUUCUCGGCGCCAUGUUUGGUCGCCGUCAUAUCGGUCUUAAAACAUCCGUUAAAACGCAGACCGCAACCGCCCACAUUGCCCGUACAUUAAGUGCUCCCACCUCCAAACGUCGCCGCGAUUCCGACGACCUGACGUCAUUUUCCGACGAUACAAAGGAUAACAAGCAAUUGGAUCGGAUUAUUCCACGGCCAACUCAUAAAACAGCCCCUUCGUCGCCGAAACAGAAGGUGAAAAACCGUCAGAAUUCGCCGGCGCCGGUCCCGGUGAAGUCGAAUGUGCUUGGAUCUGUACAAGGUUAUUCGGGUAGCGGAAAAAAGGUGCCGGAAGGGACGAUUGGAAUCUCCGGCGAGCUUGAGAGUAUGUUGGCUGAUCAUCGGAAAGGUAAUGGCGUCGGAAAACUAAUUAGAGCCUCGUCGGGAAAUGUUAUGUUGUUGGGUAAUUUAGGAAAUCUCCGGCAACCGGCUGCCGGGAAUAGUGCUGGCGGUGGUGAUGUAUAUUCAGGUAAAAUAAUAAUUAAUUAUUUAGAAAUGUUAAAAAGUACAACUAAUAAUACUCCUUUAAAGACCCAAAACGAGAAAUACCCGAAUGCAAUCCCAGGAAAUGUGGUAACAACAAAAAAUAACGAUAAAGAGGAGAAAUUACAAAAACCGACAAGAGGUGGUGUUUCAUUUUGUCGAGCAUUGUCUACUAGAGCAGACCCGGAACACUUAAAGAUACUUGGGAAUGAGGAUUACAAGAACGGGAGAUUCGCAGAGGCUUUGGCUUUAUACGAUGCAGCAAUUUCUAUUGAUCCGACAAAGGCGUCUUAUAGGAGUAAUAAAAGCGCUGCGCUAACGGCUAUGGGAAGUCUUCUUGAGGCUGUGUUUGAGUGUCGAGAGGCCAUUCGUAUUGAACCUUCAUAUCAAAGAGCUCAUAAUCGUUUGUCAACUCUCUAUCUAAGGUUAGGAGAAGUAGAGAAGACAAUAUAUCACUAUAAACACGCCGGCGGCGAUUCCGAUCCAGACGUAUUUCAAAAAGCCAAAAAGCUUCAAUCUCAUCUCAACAAAUGCACAGAAGCAAAGAAACACAGAGAUUGGAACACUCUCUUAAAAGAAUCCAUUCUCGCCAUAUCUUCCGGCGCCGAUUCAGCUCAACAGAUCUUCGCACUACAAGCGGAAGCAUUGUUAAAGCUUCACAAACACGAUGAAGCAGAUAAAGCAAUGCUUAAUGCACCAGAUUUCACCAUAGAUGAUUGUACGAAAUUCUUCGGUCCUAUCGCUUAUGCAAACCUGUUAAUCAUUCGUGCACAGAUUGAUUUAACCGCUGGCAGAUUUGAUGAUGCUGUUGCGAUUGCUAUGAGAGCAUUGAAACUCGAUUCGAUGAAUAAGGAGGUUAGUGUUGUGGUGAAUAAGACGAAGUCGGUGGCUAUGGCUAGAUCCAGAGGGAAUGAGUUGUUUCGAGAUCAGAGAUAUUCAGAUGCUUGUGAUGCUUAUGGAGAAGGACUUGAUCAUGAUCGUUAUAACUCGGUUUUGCUUUGUAAUCGGGGGAUUUGUCGAUUGAAGUUAGGGCAGAUUGAAAAGGCGAUUGAUGAUUUCACUGCUGCUUUAAACUUACGCCCUUCUUACAGGAAAGCUAGAUUAAGAAGAGCUGAAUGCAAUUCCAAGUUGGAAAAAUGGGAAGCAUGUUUGCAAGACUAUAGAAUAAUGUCCAAAGAAACACCAGAUGACUUGGAAAUAUCAAGUGGUUUGAAGGAGGUAGAGCGACAAGCUCAACAAGCCAAAGAAAAAGACGACAACUCAACUCUAAACGAUGCCACACUAGUAGUUGAUGAUGGUACUAUUGUUCUUUCGGUUACAGAUAAAGAUCAAUUCAGAGAAUACGUCUUACAAGGCACAUCGGUAGUACUAUUUUGUAACAAGGGUCAAAACGUCAAAGAAACAUUACAAUUUAUGGAUCAACUAAGCAGAAAAUAUCAAAGGGUCAAUUUUUAUAAGGUCGAGAUGGAAGAAAUCCCGUCGUUGGAGAAAUCAGAGGGUAUUAAGUCGUUGCCAACAGUAAAGAUAUACAAAAACGGUUCGAGGACUAAAGAUAUUUCCACCCACAACCUUGAUUUGCUUGACAGCUCAAUCAAAUUUCAUGUUACAUGAAAUCAAAUUAUUAAUUUGCACAUUUCAAUCCCCUCAACCCUUAAAUG